AAAUUAACUAUCAUUAAUAAAUUAAAAUAAAAUAUUAAAUUUAUUUUAGAUUGCGCUGAACAAGUGGCAUCAGUUGGAGACAUACCGGGGGUAAAAAAUAAAAAAUGUCUGCCUAUGGGAAUUAAUCAGCAAAUAAUAGAUAGCAGUAGCAUCAAUACUAGUACUAGUACUAGUGCUAGUAAUAAUAAUAAUAAUAAUAAUAAUAAUAAUAAUAAUAAUAAUAAUAAUAGUAAUAGUAAUAAUUCAGUCCACAAAGAAGAUAAAUUACCCGAGCCAGUAAUUGACCACAAAACGAUUAUACAUUUAAAGGCUGAUAAAGAUGCGUAUGAAUCAAGAUCAAACACGAGCGAGGAGAAUGACGAGGACGAUUCUAAUAGAUUGGAUACACUAGACAUACGUAAGUCAGAUGUCAGAGAGUCUGUUAAUGAGUUCAGUAAAGCAGGCUAUCAGAAGGAUGAUAAAGUCCAACGAAAAGAGUCUAUUGAUUUUAGCAAAGAAAAUGACCGUGCUUUUUCUUCUAAUGAUGAUAAAUUGACUAUUCACAAUGACAUCCAGCAGAACUUAGGACAAAAACGACUGAAUGAGACGAGUGUAGUAGGAACUACUGUUGCUAAUAAGAGUAAUAGUUAUGAUAAAAGAUUGAACCAGCCUAAUAGCAAGCCGAGUGUUAGCAAUGUUUUUAACAGUCUCAAUGAGUAUAUUAAUGCGUCUAGUGCCAAUAUGGAGAGGAUUGAUUGUUCUGUUGAUCGGGAUGAAUGUAAAAAUGCUGGAGAACCUGUGAGAAAACCAACGACAUCUUUACCAGAGUAUCAAAAUAUAUUAUUGCCAGUUAAAUGCGAUAUAAAAAAGCCAGAAGAAGAGAAGAGUAGAGUAAAAGAAGAAAUAAUCCCCGAAGCCGAAGCUUCAAAACCCUUACAACCCGUACAACCAUUAAAGAUUGACAGUAGAGGUACCGUCGAUUGCACGAAGCACAUUUACGAGAACGUGGACAUAAACAUAAACAUUGACGGAAACAUUCCCAAUAAUUCAGAAGUAAUAGUGAGGUCAAAAGAGACCUCAAGAUCUACCAGUCAAGAUGAAAGCAAGCAUGUUUACGAGAACGUAGAUUUUGACAAGCCUAAUUCUCAAGAUGAGGGAGCUUACGAGCGUUUGUACAUAGGAGGCAGUGACUUGCCGGAGACAACGACCGAGCUGGAGAUCGCAGCAAAGCGACUAAAUGAACAAUUUAAUUUAAGUAAUAAAAAAGAGGACACUUUAGCAACAGGCGGUAUCAAUCCUACGAAGCUUGUAUUUCAAAAUGUCAAUUUAAAUCCUUCUGGAUCCGGAUCUAUUUCUGGAGCUUCAGCUCCAGAAAGAAAGCCCGUAGGGUUUAGCACAAUUGAUGAUUUAUCAGAAGAGGAAUUAAAUAAAUAUUUAGCUGAGCUGGAAGCUGAAGAACGCGCUAGUGAAGCUGCUUAUGAAAAUAUAUCAGUGCCCAGAUCUUCUGCGAUUUAUGCUAAUAUUAAUGCUAGUGCUAGUUCUAGAGCAGCAGCUUCUUCUAAUGACGAUGAAGACGCCAACGAAGCUCCUAUUUUUGAAAGUGUCACUAUCGGAGAAUUACCGGAAGUUUCCGAGGAAAAGCUCCAAGAAAAAGCCAAAAAAUUUCCCGUGAUAGAUUACAGCAAGAGUAGCACCAGCGGAGAAUCGAGUGAUUUUUUAGACGACCCCGAAAAGCUCCACCACGAGCCGGUAAAAAUAGUUGCAGAGAAGGAAAGAAAGAUUAAAAAAACUGGCGAGACUGUAAGAAAGUCUUCGGAUACUCUUGAGAGUGUACCGCAAGAAUUAAACCCCGAGAAUGGUUUUAGUGAGGAUUCAGUUGGUAGUAAUAGUAAUUUUAAUUCUAGUGGUUAUAAUAAAAUUCAAGAUGAUUCUGCUGAGAAAGUAGAAGAUAUAUCUAACGACACUGUAUUACCUCAAAACAAAGCAAUAAUUAAUGAAAUUAAUGAAAUUAAUGAAUCAACUAAGACUGUUAAUGAACACCAAGAUAGUAGUUCUAUUGAUAAUAAUUCAAGUACAAUUGAAGGAAAUUCUGGAGAUGGUGAAGGAGAAGAACCUAAUGGUGAGCCAGCGGUUUCUGAAGAUCAGGAGUCGGUUGAUCGGCCGGUUAGGCCGCAGACUUUGGAUAUUGUUUCGACGGUCUCUAUGAUCGAGCAGUCGAAUAUACCUGGUGUUACUAACACCGAGGAUCCGAGUGCUACUACGACAGUACCAGCGGCACCGAGCACAAAUGAAGAGUCUGGGAGAGAGCGAGAUCCAUCGCCAGACGUUUCUGAUAGCUCAUCAAUGGAGUUUGGAAUAAUGCUGGGAAAACAGCCGCCUUUCUGGGUGCCAGACAGCGAAGCACCCAAUUGUAUGAUGUGCGAUAUGCGCUUUACUGUCAUCAAGCGACGGCAUCAUUGUCGUGCCUGUGGUAAAGUAUUGUGCAACAAGUGCUGUAAUUUGAAGUACAGACUUGAGUAUCAAAAAAAUAUUGAGUCACGAGUUUGUUCUACGUGUUAUCUUCAGCUUAUCAGAACGGAGAGCGAUCAUGGCAGUGGUGAUUGGUCUGGUGACUAUACAAGUAAUCCCGGUAGUAUGAAUUCGCCGCAGGGAAGACAGCCGAACCCGAAUAAUCCAAUGGAAUAUUGUUCAACAAUACCUCCUUUGCAACAGUUAGCGGGUGGAUUGCCAUCACCGCCGUCCGUAAUGGUUCCAGUUGGAGUUUUGAAACGUGAAGGCAGCACUAAGCAGCGUCCAGAAGGACCAAAGUCUGUGAUGUUCAGUGACGGAAUAAGGCCUGGAUGUGACCUGACAGAGCUAGAUGCUUCGUGGGACUUGAAGCCGCCCUAUCGAAAAGUUGGAAACAAGCGAAUACCUUCACCUGGUGCUCAGUCUACUUCUGCGACUGCUAAGAGACAAAAUUUGCCACCCUUGGAUCCUCAUACCAAUAGUUACAUUCCUCAGGAUGUUAAUAUGUUACCGCCGACUGUUACCAUCCACAAAGGCCAAAUAAUGUACCACGAAGUAAUCGACACAUCAGGCCUGUACCAAUCCCUAAAAAACGAAAGCGAGCCUCCAGUGAUGUUCGCAAUAAACCGCAACCUUUACGCCUACGUAAAAAUAACAAACUUAAACUGCUGUGUGAACAAAAUCUGCUGGAACGUGACCUCCCGAGGUCUCGCCUGCGUAGGCCAAGACGAAGUAAUCUUCCUAAUAGAAACCUUACCAGAAGAGUCUCUGAUCCCCAAAGACCUGCUGAUCCACAUCAACCAACUGUACACCGAGGCGAUAAAAGGGAACACUGUAACCGAGCUCGGAGUGUCUAUCCACCAAGGAGGGAAUCUCCUAGGCUCUCGCGAGCACGCUGGCUUCCUGUUCAUCCGACAGACUUUCCAGUGCUUGCAGAAGAUAGUACUACCCCCGGCGCCGUUCUUAGUAGCGCUGCUGGUCCACAGAUGGGAGACACCCUGGGCAAAAGUGUUUCCUUUGCGCCUGGUGCUGCGUCUUGGAGCAGAGUACCGGUACUACCCAUGUCCGCUGGUGUCUGUCAGGUUCCGGGACGCAGUUUACUUCGAAAUCGGACACACUAUAAUGAAAGUCCUCGCGGACUUCCGGAACUACGCUUACACGCUGCCCAGUGUCCGAGGACUGACCAUCCACAUGCAGGACAGAACUACCGACGUUUUGCUACCAAGGAACCGCUAUGACCAAGUGAUCAAAGGCUUGAACAAUUCUAAUGACCAUGUCCUUGCUUUCGCGGCGAACUUCAGCAUCCACGCGGACUCUCAUUUGGUCUGCAUCCAAACUAACACCGGUGAUGAGAGCAAUUAUCAAACCCAAGCGAUAAACAUCCACAAUAAACCCAGAAGAGUCACUGGGGCCAGCUUUGUCGUGGUCAACGGAGCCUUGAAGUCUUCCAUGGGUUUAUCUGCCAAGUCCAGCAUCGUAGAAGACGGACUGAUGGUCCAGAUCAUGCCCGAGAAAAUGGAAGCGCUGAAAGCCGCUCUGAAAAAUAUGCAUGAUUUUUCUAUCGGCUGCGGACGUCAAGGCGCGCCUGAACCUGAUGAGACUGUUAAUAUUAAGUGGGUGGACAAUGAUGUGCAGUUUAAUCUUGGGGUUAAGAGUCCGAUUGAUGGAAAAGCCAUGGAUGGUGUUCCGUCGAUCAGGGUUCACAAUGGCACUGAUUAUAUGGGCACUAGCAGGUUCAUCAGGUGGACUGAGGUCUUUAUUAUCAAGUCUGAUGAUCAUCCUAAUGGAGUUCAUGAUCCGGUGGAUAUUAAUAAGCUGUCGGAGAAUAUUGCUAGGGCAACUUGCACGGCUUUAGUUAAAUUGCUGGAUCUUUUGGCUACUGCUGGGCUUACCAAGUUGGGUGUCAGGGCUACAAUUCAUCCUGAUAAUAAAAAUAUGUGA